AUGUCGUCGAAAAAAGUACUGCGGGCACUUCACCACGCGGAUGAACUCGAGAAGGACGUGGCAAAAGUCUCGAGAAAAAAUCGACAUCCUCUUAUAAAGAGGAUAGAACUCAUCGUUCUCACCACUCGAACUCAACUUCUGGAGGAGGAUCAGGAAGCAGUUCAUCAAGAAGCCGCUCCAGAGGAUCAUAAAAUCACUCCGGAUCUUCUUAAUUUUAGAAAAAAUGUCCAUAGUUAG